CAAAAUCGCUGCUUUCCUAACUGCAUUCACAUCCUCACUAUAAUGUACAGGGAAGCCUGGGACGCCCCCCUGGACAGUAAAUAGCAUCAAACCAGAUUCUGCGUCCUUGUGCAUCAACGGGGCAUAGAACGUCGGACUUUUCUCGGAUCUCUUUUCAGAGUGACCUCCAUGUGAAAUUACUGCACAGUUAAAGAUGAAGUGAAAAAAAAAUAUGGAGCAGAAUGGAAUGGCAGAAAUGAAGACUUAAUGGAGACGCUUCUUGGGGAGAAAUCCCCCUCAGACUUCUGCAUUGAGGAAUCUAGAUCCUUCUCCCCAUGCUGUCCUUGGAGUUCCUGGAUUAAUGGGGCUGCACACCGUUCCGCAAUGGCCUCCCUUGCUGCAGCAAAUGCAGAGUUUUGCAUCAACCUGUUCAAAGAGAUGGAUAACAGUCAAGGGAAUGGAAAUGUGUUCUUUUCUUCUCUGAGCAUCUUCACUGCCCUGGCCCUGGUCCGUUUGGGUGCACGAGGUGACUGUGCUUCUCAGAUUGAUAAGAUACUUCACUUCCACAGGGUCUCAGGAUGGGGAAACUCUUCUAACACUCAGCCAGGACUUCAGUCUCAACUGAAGAGAGUUCUCUCCGACAUAAACACAUCCCAUAGGGACUAUGAGCUCAGCAUUGCCAAUGGUCUUUUUGCAGAAAAAGUGUUUGACUUUCACAAGAACUAUAUUGAGUGUGCUGAAAAAUUAUACAAUGCCAGAGUGGAACGAGUUGACUUUACAAAUGAUGUAGAAGAUACCAGAUAUAAAAUUAAUAAAUGGAUUGAAAAUGAGACACAUGGCAAAAUCAAGAACAUCUUUCAAGAAGGUAGCAUAAGUUCUUCCGCUGUCAUGGUGCUGGUGAACGCUGUGUACUUCAAGGGCAAGUGGGAGUCGGCCUUCUCCAAGAACGAAACCCUAAAUUGCCGUUUCAGAUCUCCCAAGUGUCCUGGGAAAGCAAUCACCAUGAUGCACCAAGAACGGAAGUUCAAUUUGUCUGUCAUUAGGGACCCGCCCAUGCAAGUUGUUGAGCUCAAGUAUCAUGGCGGCAUAAGCAUGUACAUAAUGCUGCCCGAGAAUGACCUGUCCCAAAUUGAAAACAAGCUGACCUUUCGGAAUCUAAUGCAGUGGACCGAUCCGAGAAAAAUGAGCUCUCAGUAUGUCGAGGUGUUUCUCCCUCGGUUCAAGAUAGAGAAGAAUUAUGAAAUCAAGCAUCAUUUAAGAGCCCUGGGGCUGAAGGACAUCUUUGAUGAAUCCAGAGCUGAUCUCUCCGGUGUAGCUGCUGGAGGUCGUCUGUAUGUGUCCAAAAUGAUGCACAAGUCAUACAUAGAGGUUGCUGAGGAGGGCACGGAGGCGGCCGCCGCCACAGGGAAUAACAUAGUUGAAAAGCAGCUCCCUGAGUCCAGGGUGUUCAGAGCUGAUCACCCGUUCCUCUUUGUCAUCAGGAAGGAUGACAUCAUCUUGUUUAGCGGCAAAGUCUCUUGCCCUUGAAAAUCCUGUUGGUUUCUAUUACAGUAGUUCCCUGCAACAUCAAGGAACCACCACAAGGGAAUAGA